AUUUUAAAAAAACAAAAGCGUCAUUCAACCCCAACUUAGACAGUCUUCUUUAUUUUCAUGUUUUGUUGCUGCAUCUUAAUUGAGCAUGAGGCUGGACUAUGGGAGCUGCAAUGAUGGAUUUCUGAUGCACAAUCUGACUGGUUUGUGUUGCUCUGCAGAUUGUAGGAGAAUGACACGGGCACAGACAGCAGCCAAGAUGAUGCAGUGUUUUCACUUCAUGGUCGAGCCGGCCAAAAACCUGACAGCCAAGAUUAAGGAGUCGAACAAGAGAGCAAAGAGAGAGAAGAAGGAGCCUCUGGAUGAGGAUCAGCUGUUUGUGGUGGAGCUGGCGAAAGACCUGAGCCGGGUCUGCCAGAGGUCAGAAGUCCUGGAGCACAUCUGUAACCAAGAUGACACUUGGUCGUCUCCUCUCUGCCGACUCUUCGUCCUGCAGUCGGCAUCCAUGCUAGAGAACAAGACACUGAUGCAGACUGAUGGCUGGCCAGAGAUGGACGAGGGCAAGCAGCCUGAUCUGAUUAACGGACAGGACCUGGAGCGGGCCAAAGCCGUCAUCCUUAACUGGAUCAAAGACCUGAGGGCCCAGCCUGAGCAAAGCGUGUGGCCCGGAGAACCAGUCGCCAAGAUCCUGGAGGACCUCCAGUCAGCCUGGCGCUGGGGACGCGCGCCCAAUCUCCUGACUGCUAUGGAGUUGGUUCUGUGGACUUUAGCGUCUCAGCGACCUGACAAGAACACCAUCCCACAGCAGUGGCUUUUGUGGAAGCAGAGAACUCACAAGAUUGGUGCCAUAUCCUACAUUCCUCAGCCAGUGUGGGACUGGAUUGGAGAUGCUGCAGUGGAGGUAACUCUGGAUCUGGACACGGCCAACCCAGACCUGCUCAUCUCUGCCGACGAGAAGAGGAUGCGCUGCGGCUUCGAGCGGAAGGAUGUUCCCAACUACCACCAGCGCUUCGACGGGUGGUGGUGCGCCGUCGGCCUGCACGGCCUGGGCUCCGGCCGCCACUACUGGGAGGCGGAGGUGGGUGAGCGCGACUGGCGGCUGGGCGUGGCCAAAGAGUCGGCGCUGAGGAAGGGCUUCAAGUCGCUGAACACUGACACCGGGUACAUGACCCUGCGGCUGGAGAGGGGCACCGAGUUUAAAGCACUGACGGUCCCCUUCACCGCCUUGCCACCGGGCCUGAUCCCCCGUAAGGUGGGCGUCUACCUCGACUACGACAACGGCCAGCUGUCCUUCUACGACGUGGACAAACACUUGCACAUCUACACCUACAACGAGACCUUCACCGAGAGGCUGUUCCCGUUGUUUGGUACAGUGGAGAUUGUUAGGGAUCUGGUGAUCCGGUCUCCAACACCUAAGACCCACUGUCUCUGCCCCACAUCCUGCCUGUGGGCCUAGGUUCCUCCACCACCACCCACCAGUCAGGUUUUCCUGUAUGAGCCAGUAUAGUUAGAGUAUAAGAACCCAGAAUAGCGGUGCAAUCCUGAUAUAAAUGACCACUCUGUAUGCUGCUUCUGCUUUAAUGUGACUUCUGCUGCUAUUUUCUCAACAUAGAGUUAGAGCACCACCCUCUGGUCUUUUGUGUUUUCAGACAUUUGAGCAGAAACUCCAAUGUAAAAAAAACAACUUCUGUAUUGUGCAAUACUAAUAUGAUAACAACAAAGCACUUCUGUGAAUAAAGAAUAAAUCAAAUUCAG